AUGAUGCAGAAAAAAAUUGACACAUCUGCUACUGAAUAUCACAUCGCUUGGGCCUCCCUCAGUGCUCUUGCUGAACCUCUUUUUGAAAUUGACUGGAAGACCAAGUUCCCAAUGCUCAAGAAAGAGGAUGUCUGCAGAAUGACUGAGGACCAAGCAGCAAGUGAAAGUAUUUCUGAGGGGCAAAGAUUGGUUUCUAUUUCAUGGAUUUGGAAGCAGCAUUAUGGCACCAGAGAGGAAGAGCUUUCAGAUGCUAUGUGCAUUGAGUGGUGCAAGGCUCAUGCACAUGCUAACCAGUGGUCUGAGGAGGUAGAGCUGUUGCAAGAGGAAAUGCAUCAUGUUCUUGCAUUCUUUGAUUGGCAUGUGGCCUGGUGGGUGGAAUGUGCAACAUCCAAGACAUGGCUCAGGCCUAUAGAGAAUGAAGGUGCAGUAGCAUAUGCACAUUGGCAAGCUGCCAUUCAGAGGAUGAUGCAUGACCACUGCUCUUCAAUUUGGAGUGUCAUUCCUGGCCUCAUGGCCUAG